AUGGAGCCAAAGCUCCCCCAAGGUCUGGUUACCAUGUCAAGUGUGUCGCCUAGCGAGAUCUUGGAGCAGGGUACAUUAAAUAAUGGUGUUUACAAGAACCUUUGGCAAGCCUACUCGACCUCGCACCAGGCUAGUAAGGAUGAGACCGACCGUCGCCUAGAACAUCUCUUCUGGAGGAUUUGGGGUGCUAAAAACCUCUCCAGCCACAUGAAUCCCCAUACACUUGACCGUCUUAUCCUACGCAUCAAGGCAUCGGCAGUAUUAGUCGGACAAAGGGUGAUCAUCCCACCGUUGCCUGGGACUGCUGGGACUGGCGACAAAGAGGAAAAGGUAAACACAAGUUUGUUCUACAUCGCACCAUAUCAACCCCAUAUUGACGGUACCGUGGGCCAUCAGCGUCGCAAGAAGACCUCGAUGGAUUCCGAGUCUACACUCGUGCCCGAGAAGGUGGGCAACCAGGGUUCCAGGAAGGCAUCCGUAUCUACUGAGUCAGCUGCCACUCCAGAGAACGUGGGCCAGCAAGGUCCCAAGAAGACCUACCUUAGUGCGGCACGCACCGGACGUGGCCCGCGCCGCCGUCCAGUCUUCAACCGCCGCAAGUCCUCGCAGACAUCCAUCCCGAAAACUGUACCCUCAAGUCGCCGGCGCUCCGAGCCCACCAACAAUGCCGAUGGAGCUGACACCCUCUACGAAGACAGCUAUGUUGAGCUGGGUCUAUUGCAGCACCUCAGCUUCCGUGACGAGGAGGACCAAAUCGCGCGUGAUCUGGGACGUGAAAUUGCGCCUGAGCCGAAGCCCGUCAAGCCGUCUGUUCCACUAUUCGACGACGAAUUCCUCGAUGAGCCUUCCGCCAUCGAGGCUGCGAAAGCAGCACCAAAGACGUCUCCUAUUACCCCAUCGUUUGGGGUUAUGGAGAGCCACCUCGACAUGCCUGGUGGGCCGCAGCUGGCUUCUCCGGAUGAUGUUGAGGGGGACUGGACGGAUAUCGAUGCUCUGGAUUCGACACUUCCUGUGUUGCAGCCUUUCAAGAAGUUGGUCUCGCACCAUGAGAAUGUUGACCAAGGCCUCCCGGCUGUACAACCGACUGUUGCACCCGUUGUGAAGGAGGCUUCGUUGCUGUCAUCUGCGAUGAAGAGAGUGGGAUUGUGA